GAGAUUAAAUCAUUCUCACAAUCCAAGGGCUAAUACACUCACUCAAUAAACACCAUUUAUAUUCAAACCUUUCACAAAUAUCGCUUCACUCAACCAGCGCCCCAUCUUCUCUAGGUUUACGUAUCAAACCGGCGGCGCAAAAAUGGUUCUUCAAAACGACAUUGAUCUGUUGAAUCCACCCGCUGAACUCGAGAAGAGAAAGCAUAAACUUAAACGACUUGUUCAAUCUCCUAAUUCAUUCUUCAUGGAUGUCAAAUGUCAAGGUUGCUUCAAUAUAACUACUGUAUUCAGUCACUCCCAAACCGUUGUUGUCUGUGGUAAUUGUCAGACUGUGUUGUGCCAACCAACCGGUGGAAAAGCAAGACUAACAGAGGGAUGCUCAUUCAGAAAGAAGGGAGAUUAGAAAUGAGAUUAGUAAUGGAGUUAUUUUGUGUUUUUUAGAAUUGAUUUCUGAAGGAAUUUUGAGUUAUUUAAUUUUAAUAGAAUGUAUUUGAAUUGUUGAAUGGAAAUGGUUGUCUUUGCAUGUCUAUGCAAUUGUGCUCUCUAAGUUAAAAGAUUUUUGAGGAAAUGAUACUUUGGUGUUAUUUGACAUUAUCUCUAUUUUAUACACAGUAAUUUAUUUGAUA